AAGACGUAACGUUUCAAGAUGGCGAAGGACCUGGACGAGCUCUUGGAUGAAGUCGAGUCCAAAUUUUGCAGACCAGACCCACCGAGACUGGGCAUGGUCGAGCGGCCCAGAGGCUGCGGCGGCGGCAUUCUCAGCAAUGACCGGAACCGAGCCGAGGCGAAAGAGACUCUCAGGUCUGCAAGUAAUAAAAUAAAUGACCGUGCAACAUCUGGAUGCCAGAAACAACUGCUAAUAUCAGCAGAAACAUUUGAGAAAGAAGAUGAUCUUGACAGUCUUAUUAAUGAAAUAUUUGAAGAACCCAACUUUGACAAAAAACCCUUUAAAUUAAAAUCUAAAUCUUCAGGUAACACAUCUGUCAGAGCUUCCAUUCAAGGCCUUGGUAAAAGUUGCAGCCCAGUGUACCUUGGUGGAACUGCUGCUCCGUGUGGAAUUGGAACAAAUACUUCACAGAGAGCAUGUGAUCAUCUGCGUUGUAUAGCAUGUGAUUUCUGGGUAGUAAGCUACGAUGACUACGUGUGGGACAAAUCAUGCGAUUAUCUGUUUUUCAGAAACAACAUGCCGGAAUUCCACAAAUUAAGAACAAAGUUGGUAAAGAAGAAAGGAACACGAGCAUAUGCCUGCCAGUGUAGCUGGAGAAGUAUUGAAGAUCUGACUGACCUUCAGACCGAUCAACAGCUUCGCUGGGUUUGUGGUAAACAUUAAGAAUGCAGACUUUUCAUAUUCAGACUAAUGCCUACAAUGAAAGCAGUCUCCAGUAAUCAUCAACAUUUUUAGCGAAGGUACAAAGCAGUAUCAUGCCCUUUGGAAAAAGACAGGAAAUUUCAUUCAAUGACUAUAUAGUAUAGAUUUUCAAAGACCUAAUGGACUUGAGAAGAUAAUGUGCUUUAACAUUUUGGAACUAUUUCUUUUUGCUGUAUGGGCAUUUCACUUAGUAAGGUAGCAAGUUAUCCAAAUUCUUUGCUAGCCACUCUCCUGUUAAAUGGAAGUUUAAUUAUGGAGUUUCGUACAAAUAUGUAGGCAUUCAUUAGCAACUGCAGAAUUAGUCACUGCUAAUACACGUAGCUAAAUAUUCCUCAUUUACAGCAUUUAAAGAGGAUAAAGCCAGCCAGUGCAGAGAGA